AAUGGAUUUUCCAGACCUCUAGAUUCCUCCUCCCUUCCUCCUGCUGGCGGUUGUCGCUGCGCCUUCGCCUUCGAAGCGGUCGGCUGCCUUUCCUGCGCAAGCGACCUCGCGCGGGGGUGUCGCAGUUCGAGGCAGAGAGGUCGGACGGGUGCGUAGCUAAGGCUGCAAGGGAUCGGGCCUGGGAAGUGGACCGUGGGCGCCUCCCGAGAAGAAGGGAGCGAAGGGGACAGAGGAAGGUCGCGUUUCCACCAGCGCCUGGUCGCGAGUCUGGGCACUACAUCGGGCUUCGCUGCCGGCCUGAGCGAGAAAUAUGGCGUCGGAUGCCUCACUUAGUGACCAGAUGGAGGUCACUGAUGCUUCUCAACCUCAGAGAGCUGCCACUGAAGGCUCGAAGAGCCGUUGUCAUAAGACAAGGAGUGGCAGUUCGGAAGCAGCUGCAAAACUUAGAGCAAAAGCCUUGGCGCUUAAAAGGCCCACUAAAGCGCAGGAGAAGGCGGAAAAACGCCGCCAGAAGGCACUGGAAAGACAGGAUGGCAGCCUGUAAAACGAACCAUAUAUCCAUGGAGAAAGUAUGGGAAUGCUUACUAAAAUUAAAGGUUUCUCUUGGUCUCCUGUUCCUUCAUUUGAUUUUGGCUUCUGGCAGAGGUCAUCUGGAAGAUACUAGAGGAACAGUUGGAGAUCCUACUCAUGGCCCCCCACUGGCCCAGACAUCCAUGGUUCACGGACCUGCUACGUCCUCGCCGAAACUGGGGCAAAGAGGAGGAGGAUGGGGGCAUGGCCCAAAGAAAUUGACAGCUCGGUCUCAACAGGAAACAGACGAAUCAGCUCUAUUCUUGGCCACUCCUGGGAGUACUCAGAGAAAGGGCGUGUCAGCCAGUGAUACAAGUAUCUCGUCAAACCUUAGAAACGUUUCUGUAAGCACAACAACAGAUUCAUCCAUUGUCAGUUUUGUCACCUUUCCUAACAGUGCAACAGAUUUGUCUUCAUUUGGAAUUGUGGAUACUGCAGAAACAACAAAUAUAAUGGAACUUGACUUUUCAAAAAUAGAUGGAGCAAACAUUUUAUAUAAGAAAGUGUGUAAGUUAUCGGACAUAUGUAAAGACUCAGUUUUCUACAUGGGCAGGAUGAAAUUUCAAAUUCGUGAAAACAAUUCAGAUACUUCAUAUAAUCUAACAGUGAAAUAUCCUGGCAAUAACACUAAUUUGUACCAGUUAAAAGUUUAUUCAACCCAACUACCAGAAAUAAAUAUUUCAGAUUUCAAUAAAACACUUCAACGGCUAAGUCGGUCAUCUCUCAUGCAGUGCAAUGAAAUAAACCAGAGUAUAGUCAAUUGUAUUUUUAUAAUAGAACUGGAGAAAGAAAUGAAUAUAAGCAACAUAGUAUCAGAAUUAGAAGAAAAAGCAGAACUGAAUCUAAUCGAAUUAUGCUGCUGUUCCAUGCAGCUUUUUUCUUGUCCAAAUGCCCAAGAAUUGCACCAUUUUCAGUGUGAUAUUCAUGAACCAGUUGCCUGUAGUGGUCAUAGUACUCCUGACUCUCCAGUUUCGCCUGUAGGUCAUUCCUCUUUUACAAUGCAUCAUGAAGACUUUUCCUCUGAAUUGUCCUUUGAAUCAACAACUGUUUUGCCACCUCCUUUCACUGAGUCUGCAACAAUAAAUAUUUCUACUAUAAAUGCUACUCAUAAUUCUUUCAUUGAGCUUUCUUCUGGAUUUCCUACAAAGUCAGCCAAUACAUUUGUUUCUUCAACCUUGGUUGAAACAAUUAAUUCAGUUUUUACAAACCAUUCUAUCCAGCCUAUUAGUACUUUUCCAGAAGUAUAUCCCACAACAUCUACAAUAUCUAAUGCUCAGCAUACAACAUCAAUUUCUUCAGCCAUCAUGUCCACAUCUUCUUCCAUGAUCUACACUAAUGAUAUUAGAGGACCAAGUAAAAAAAACACAGAACAAAUCUCUCAUAAUAAUUCAAGCAUUACAAAUAGUAUAGUUAACUUCAAUGUCAACAGCAUUGUUUCGGAGCUUGAAGGCUACUUAACUGCAGAAACAAUAGCACCAUCUCUUGGACAGUCGAUGCUGGAAAGAGUUAGCUUUCUUCUAAGCAUGCCCCAAUCACAAAUAUAUCCAAUGUCUAAAAGAAUAAUAAAAAUAGUGGAUGUGAUUGGAUUAAAAUUGAAAUUCUCAACAACAUCCAUUAAUCUUACCACUCCUACUUUGGCUCUGGCUGUCCUGAAAGUCAACAGCAGCUCUUUUAGCAAAGUUUCUUUUGCUGUUCAACAUUCCUCAGAUCUUAAGGCUAUCCUUGGAAUUGAAUUGCCAUCAAAAAUUAUUGGAGCCAUUACACUGCCACCAUCAACAAUGGCAGAAUUGUCACCUAAAGAUAAGCAUAUAGCUUCUAGAAUUACAUUUAACUUCUUUAAAAAAACAACUCUAUUCCAGGAUUCUACACUGAAAGAUUUGUCUUUGUUCAGUUAUGUUAUAUCAUCAAGUAUUGCUAACCUUUCAGUCAACAACUUGAAGACAAAUGUGACUGUCACGCUGCAAAAUAUCAGGCCUAAUCAGGAGAAUUUUACUUUAAGAUGUGCCUUCUGGGAUUUCAGUAAAAAUGGUGGCCAAGGCAGUUGGAAUUCUGAAGGUUGUGUGGUAAAAGAAAGAACAAUGAAUGAAACCAUCUGUAACUGCAAUCACCUGACAAGUUUUGGCAUAUUACUGGAUUUAUCAAGAAACCCCACUAUAUCUCCAGUUCAAGCGCUAAUUCUAACUUUCAUCACCUACAUAGGUUGUGGACUUUCAGCUAUUUUUCUUUCUGUGACUCUUGUUACCUACAUUGCAUUUGAGAAAAUCCGAAGAGAUUACCCAUCUAAAAUUCUUAUCCAGCUCUGCAUUGCACUGCUUCUUCUAAACCUCAUUUUCCUGCUGGAUUCCUGGAUUGCUCUGUAUGAAAUCCAGGGUCUGUGCAUUUCAGUUGCUGCCUUUCUUCAUUAUUUUCUUUUGGUUUCUUUCACCUGGAUGGGCCUUGAAGCCUUUCACAUGUAUCUUGCCCUUGUGAAAGUAUUCAAUACAUAUGUUAGGAAAUAUAUUCUAAAGUUCUGCAUUAUUGGCUGGGGGUUACCAGCUAUAGUAGUAACCAUUGUACUAGCAGUAUCUCCAUAUAACUAUGGGCUUGAAUCAUAUGGAAAAUUUCCCAAUGGCUCAUCUGAUGAAUUCUGCUGGAUUAAGAAUGACAUUGUAUUUUACAUCACAGUUGUGGGAUACUUCUGUACAAUAUUUUUGCUGAACAUCAGUAUGUUCAUAGUAGUACUGAUUCAGCUUUGUAGAAUCAAAAAGAAGAAGCAGCUUGGUACCCAGAGGAAAACUAGUAUACAAGAUCUCAGGAGUGUUGCUGGCCUUACGUUCUUAUUGGGAAUUACUUGGGGAUUUGCUUUUUUUGCAUGGGAUCCUGUAAAUCUUAUUUUUAUGUAUCUCUUUGCAGUUUUUAAUACUUUGCAAGGAUUUUUCAUUUUUGUUUUUUACUGUAUUGCAAAGGAGAAUGUUCGAAAACAGUGGAGAAGGUAUUUGUGUUGUGGCAAAUACGGGCUAGCUGAAAAUUCAGAGUCUUCCCACCCCGCACCCCCCAAUACCCUUUCUGACAUGGAUUUCAGCCAUACAGCUAGAAGCCUGGGCCAAAAAUGAGGGUAGUGGAAGGCAAGAGACUGGAGUAGAACUGUUACUAAUGGCUUAAGGAAGCAGAAUAUUAACCAAGGUGUAUCCAAUUCUUCACAUACUUUACAAUUCAACAGUAACUCUACUAAUUCCACAUCGAUGCUAAUGAGCAAUGAUUAUUCC